AUGGAUUCUAUCAAAGAAAUGCUAGCAAAAGAGUUUGAAGUCAAGGAUUUUGGCAUACUAAGGUAUUUCUUGGGAAUGGAAUUUGCUAGAAGCAAAAGAGGAAUUUUUGUGUCCCAAAGGAUAUAUGCUCUUGAACCUUUGAAAGAGACAGUAAUGCUUGGUAGUAAGCCUAGCAAGACUAUAAUCGAGCUCAGAGAUAAAAGGAAAAUGUUUGAAGGAAGUCUAGCUGACAAAUGGAGCUACCAACAGCUAAUAGGAAAGCUAAUCUACCUUUCACAUACUAGAGCUAACAUUGCUUUUGCAGUAAGCCUAGUCAGUCAAUAUAUGCAUGAUCCCUGUCAAGGACAUCUUGACAUCUCAAUGCAAUUUGGCUCUUGUACUCUUUUAUGGGGUAAUUUGGUAAAAUGGUGGAGUAAAAAGCAAAUAGUUUUCACAAGGAGCAGUCCAGAAGCAGAGUAUAGAGCCAUGGCCCAUGGAGUGUGUGAAACAAUAUGGAUCAAAAAUCUAUGA